GAUAAUUGACAGGCCGACGAAGAGGCCCAACUGACCCAACAACCCCCGGCAACCGCUCGACCCCUUCUUUCCUUCCCUUCUCCUCCCUUCCCUUCCUCGUCCCUUCCAGGUCACAACGCUACCCCCAAAUCCCCAGCCUCCAGAUCCACCCGCCGCCGCCGGCCGCCCCCGUCGCUUCCCGGCCCCCGCGCGCCCCAGCCAGCCAGGAUGACGCUCGAAGAAGCACCAUUUUACCCACGCGAGAAGCUCGUUCAGAAGCAGCAGUAUUUCCAGAAGCUGAGCAAGCAUAUCCACCUUAAAGGCCGUUACGAUGUGGUCACCUCCGUUGCCAUUCCCCUUGCGCUUGCUGGCACCAGCUUGUUCAUGAUUGGCCGUGGGAUCUACAACAUGUCUAAUGGGAUCGGGAAAAAGGAGUGAAUUUCUGUGGGUUUUGCUAGUAUCUCAGUAAGCGGCAUGGAAGCAAUACUGCCCAAGCUAUGAUGUCAUCUUCGUUUGCAAAUAAUAUUGUCAGAGAAAGACUCGGGUCCAUUUCAUGUUCUCUUUUGUUGGUAUUUGUGGAUGCUUGCUAAACUUGCAAUGAUGAUGCUAUAACAUCAGCAUCGUCCACUUUGCAUUA